ACCGGCUGCGCGGCAACUGCAGCACGACCAUAUCGCGUUUCUUGACUGCGCCUAACCGAAACUCCACACCCGCGUGCUCUCUCCUUAUCUCCCGCACGACGCACACACGGGACAAGGCGUCGUCCACGACAGCAGAAUUGACUGUUGACCCGGUGGCCACCGUAUCCAGCGCACAUCGCACGACAUCGUCCGACGGUUAUCGCCAGUCCCAAAAACCGCAGCAAGGCUAUACGUUCGCCACAUCGCAGAACCAUUCGAACUUCUACGACCAUGCAGCACCAUUUUGAGGCGGCUCUUCUGGUGUGUGUCAUCGCACUUCUGGGGCAGUGUUCGGCCAUCUGGAAGUCCUGCAACGCGGACAACGGCCAAGUGCUGGACAUGAGGGUCACCCCCGGAGGCGAUCGGGAGGUGUACAUCCUCCGGAAAGGCACCAACGUGACCCUGAACAUCGAGUUCUGGUCCUCGGUGGACUCGGGCAGUGCCAAGGUCAGGGCCCACGGCAUGGUGAUGGGGGUGCCCAUCCCACUCAAGAUGCCCAACGAGGACGCCUGCGUGGACUGCGGCAUCAGCUGCCCCAUGCGAAACGGGGAGAAGUACCUCUACAAGCAGGGCUUCGAGGUGAAGGCGUCCUACCCCAAGAUGAGUGCGACCAUCAAGUGGGCCCUCGGAGACGACAAUGGUGGCACCGUGGCCUGCGUGCUAAUUCCCGUGGAAAUAGUGGACUAAGCGGAAUCUACCGAAGCUUCUGAGGACCCGAUCAGGACGUGAACCUUAUGUUGUCUCGUGCGUUUGAUAAAUGUGUGUGUCAACAAA